ACUUCCAUUAAGGACUUGGGGCAGGAGGGUAGAAGUUGUUCGCGGCGGGCAGGCAGGCAGGAACGGGACAUCGAGGCCGGCGUGCGGACAGCGGAGAUCUCGGAGAGCGAGGGGUGCAGCAUGGAGCCCCAGGCAGUUCGGUUCUGCCUGGCGCUGCUUUGGGGUUGUGCGCUGGCGGCCGCGGCGGCACCGGGAAAGGAAGUUGUUUUGUUGGACUUCGCAGCGAUGAAAGGGGAGCUGGGCUGGCUCACACACCCCUAUGGCAAAGGGUGGGACCUAAUGCAGAACAUGAUGAAUGACAUGCCCAUAUACAUGUACUCCGUCUGCAACGUGGUGUCCGGGGACCAGGACAAUUGGCUCCGUACCAACUGGGUGUACCGGGAGGAGGCUGAGCGCAUCUUCAUUGAGCUCAAGUUCACCGUGCGCGACUGUAACAGCUUCCCGGGGGGUGCCAGCUCCUGCAAAGAGACCUUCAAUCUCUACUACGCGGAGUCGGAUGUGGACUACGGCACCAACUUCCAGAAGCGGCAGUUCACCAAGAUCGACACCAUUGCCCCCGACGAGAUCACCGUCAGCAGCGACUUCGAGGCCCGCAACGUCAAGCUGAACGUGGAGGAGCGCAUGGUGGGGCCGCUCAGCAAGAAGGGCUUCUACCUCGCCUUCCAGGACAUCGGCGCCUGCGUGGCGCUGCUCUCCGUCCGCGUCUACUACAAGAAGUGUCCUGAGAUGUUGCAGAGCCUGGCCCGCUUCCCCGAGUCCAUUGCUGUCGCUGUCUCUGAUGCACAGCCCCUGGCCACUGUGGCUGGUACCUGUGUGGACCAUGCCGUGGUGCCUCAUGGGGGUGAGGAGCCCCUCAUGCACUGCACGGUGGAUGGCGAGUGGCUGGUGCCCAUCGGACAGUGCGUGUGCCAGGAAGGCUACGAGAAGGUUGAGGAAGUCUGUCACGCCUGUUCACCAGGAUUCUUUAAGUCUGAGGCGUCCGAGAGCCCUUGCCUGGAGUGUCCGGAACAUACCCUGCCAUCCACUGAAGGUGCCACAUCUUGCCAGUGUGAAGAAGGCUAUUUUAGGGCACCUGAGGACCCACUGUCCAUGCCCUGCACACGUCCACCCUCUGCCCCUCACUACCUCACGGCCAUCGGCAUGGGUGCCAAAGUAGAACUGCGUUGGACACCUCCCCAGGACAGUGGGGGCCGCAAGGACAUUUUCUACAGUGUCACCUGUGAACAGUGUUGGCCAGAGUCUGGCGACUGUGGGCCCUGUGAGGCCAGUGUGCACUAUUCAGAGCCUCCCCAUGCCCUGACUCGCACAAGUGUCACAGUCACUGACCUGGAACCUCACAAGAAUUAUACCUUCGCCGUUGAGGCCCGCAAUGGCGUCUCCAGCCUGGUGACAAGCCGAAGCUUCCGCACUGCCAGUGUCAGCAUUAACCAGACAGAGCCCCCCAAGGUGAGGCUGGAGAACCGCAGUACCACCUCACUGAGCGUCACCUGGAGCAUCCCAGUGCCACAGCAGAGCCGCGUGUGGAAGUACGAAGUCACCUACCACAAGAAGGGGGAUGCCAACAGCUAUAAUGUGCGCCGCACAGAAGGCUUCUCCAUGACCCUGAUUGACCUGGCUCCCGAUACUACCUACCUGGUGCAGGUGCAGGCACUGACACAGGAGGGCCAGGGUGCCGGCAGCAAGGUGCACGAGUUCCAGACAUUGUCCACGGAAGGAUCUGCCAACCUGGCGGUGAUCGGCAGUGUGGCUGUUGGCGCUGUUUUGCUCCUAGUGCUGGCGGGAGUCGGCUUCUUCAUCCAUCGAAGGAGGAGGAAUCUGCGGGCCCGCCAGUCCUCUGAGGAUGUCUACUUUUCCAAGUCAGAACAACUGAAGCCCCUGAAAACAUAUGUGGACCCCCACACUUAUGAAGACCCCAACCAGGCCGUACUCAAAUUUACCACCGAGAUCCACCCGUCGUGUGUCGCAAGGCAGAAGGUGAUUGGAGCAGGAGAGUUUGGGGAGGUAUAUAAGGGGACCCUGAAGUCAUCCUCGGGGAAGAAGGAGAUACCCGUGGCCAUCAAGACACUAAAAGCUGGCUACACGGAGAAGCAGCGCGUGGACUUCCUGAGCGAGGCCAGCAUCAUGGGCCAGUUUAGCCAUCACAACAUCAUUCGCCUGGAGGGCGUUGUCUCUAAAUACAAGCCCAUGAUGAUUAUCACAGAGUAUAUGGAGAAUGGGGCCCUGGACAAAUUCCUGAGGGAGAAAGAUGGUGAGUUCAGCGUGCUCCAGCUGGUGGGCAUGCUGCGGGGCAUCGCGUCCGGCAUGAAGUACCUGGCCAACAUGAACUAUGUGCACCGUGACCUGGCCGCCCGCAACAUCCUGGUCAACAGCAACCUGGUAUGCAAAGUGUCCGAUUUCGGCCUGUCGCGUGUGCUGGAGGAUGACCCUGAGGCCACCUACACCACUAGUGGCGGCAAGAUCCCUAUUCGGUGGACAGCCCCGGAGGCCAUUUCCUACCGGAAGUUCACCUCGGCCAGUGAUGUGUGGAGCUAUGGCAUCGUCAUGUGGGAGGUGAUGACUUACGGCGAGCGGCCCUACUGGGAGCUGUCAAACCACGAGGUCAUGAAAGCCAUCAACGACGGCUUCCGGCUCCCCACACCCAUGGACUGCCCUUCUGCCAUCUACCAGCUAAUGAUGCAGUGCUGGCAGCAGGACCGUUCCCGCAGGCCCAAGUUUGCUGACAUCGUCAGCAUCCUGGACAAGCUCAUCCGAGCCCCUGAUUCCCUCAAGACCCUGGCUGACUUUGACCCCCGGGUGUCCAUCCGGCUGCCCAGCACCAGCGGCUCAGAGGGAGUCCCCUUCCGUACGGUGUCCGAGUGGCUGGAAAGCAUCAAAAUGCAACAGUACACAGAACACUUCAUGGUGGCUGGCUACACGGCCAUCGAGAAAGUAGUGCAGAUGUCCAACGAUGACAUCAAGAGGAUUGGGGUUCGUCUCCCUGGCCACCAGAAGCGAAUUGCCUACAGCCUGCUGGGACUCAAGGACCAAGUGAACACAGUGGGGAUUCCAAUCUGAGUCCAACAGGGCCUUGUGCCCACUUCGACCAACAAUACUUGAAGAAAACCCGCAGUGGUCUCCCUGCCGACCCCAUGCUGGGCCACUAGGACUUUAUUUAUUUCGACUUCUUCCUCGUCCAUGCCACCCUGAGGAGUCUGCAGGGCACCCUGGCCUGAACUACGGAAAACGUCUGGAUGCUGGCCAGGGGCCUCUUGCUCUACCAAGGACCCAGCUAAGCACUUAGCAGUUGCUGUUGCAUUCCCAGCAUCCCUUGGGGUUCAAGUGACACCAAGGCCAUUGAUAUCCAUGCAGAACAUUUCGAAAUGGAUUUCCCUCGUCAUCUUUUCUCCCUAACAAGUCACCUCAGGAGCUGAGGCUGAGCACUCAGCCCCAAACCAUAUGCCUAGGGUGCUGAAAGCCCCGCCCCUAGUUAGAGGGUAGGUUAUGGACUUGGCUGGGUGGAGCCAUGGCAAUCUUCCAGUGCCUUCUACAGACCCAGGGCCCUGCCCUCUGCCCUCAAGGGCCAAUUUCUUGCUUUCCUGGGGCUCUCUCAGGAUGCUUGGUUGUGUGUUGGUUUUUUAAAUAUAUAUUUUGUACUUGUGGAAAGAAUGAGUGUGUGGCACGGACCUUGCCAGCGCUGGGGAUGGAGGAUAACCCUGCAACAGACAUUCCCAGGCUGGGGCUGGCCAGACUCGCCCAGCCACCCAUCUCUGGCCCCUUUGGACGACUGUCACUGUCAGUGUUACCGAUUUGUUUUAUUGGGUUGUUUUUGUGAACAUUAACUUAUUAUUAUUUUUUAUAUUUAUUGUUAGAAAACAACUUAUUUCUGCUCUGGAAUAAAGCUGCAGAUGGUUCAUCUUGGCUCUCGGUCCUAGAGC